GGGAAUUUCACAAGAAAAUCCUGCAGACUGACUGCACAUGCAAAGACCAACCAUUAGAGGGCGCCAAGCAGACACCAGCCCAGCAGUCUGGUCCUCAGCAUCCCUGAAUCUCCCAGCUGAUAAAUCUCCAAUGGAAUGCUCUGGUCAGGGGAUCUCUACCUGCACUAAUAGAUCUCAUCGAGGGGUUACCUGGCUGCUGACAAUGGAGAAGGAACGCAGAUCCUCUAAGCAGUACGGAUCACUGGAAUCUACCGUAUGGAAACCCAGUGAGCAAGCCUCAGAUGACGUUAUAUCCAUGGCCGACUCCACAACCACCGUGGAUGAUAUUGAAGAUGAGCUGUUUAAGAUAGAAAGGAUCCGGGAGAUUUUGGUCAGGAGGGAGUCUGAGCUUCGUUACAUGAUGGACGAUUUUCAAUUGUGUCAAGAAAUUACACGACUCAAGAAAGAUCUUCAGAUUCUCGUCUCCAAAGCCGAUAAAGACAAAACCCAGGAAGACCGUCAGAAAGAAGAGGAGCUUCUACAACGCAUCCAUAAACUGGUGGAGACCCGGGAUUUCCUAGUAGAUGAUGCAGAUUUUGAGAGAUUACGAGAACGUGAGGAGGACAAAGACAUGGCUGAAUUUUUACAGAGUAAACUCUCUAAAAGUUACCUGAAGAAAGCAGUUCGCAGGAAGGAGAAGGCGGCCACAGUCACCUCCCGCUCCCAGCAAACCUCCAAUCCCUAUGUCACAAAAACAGGAUUGACACUCCUAAAGGAGUGCUGUGGAUUCACCUGCUCCAUUAUGUAACACUCAACCUUUCAUUGAAGCUGGAGCUUUUAUGACGGACGCCCUCAAGAACUUUAUUCUCAUUGGCCGGGACGCAUUUACGGUUCCCAUACUACCAGCGUUCAUGUUUUUACCUUUUGUAUAUACAGUACAUGCUAAAAACUGUCUUACAUAGGGGAAGGUGCACAUUUCCUUGUAGGUUCAUUUCGAGGCUCUGUAGAUUGUAGUGUUUAUCAAAAUGAUUUUUAUUAAACUAGAUUCUGGGACUGACUCUUAAAGUAUUGUCAUACAUGCCCCUUCCCUUUACAAUCCUUCUCAGCCAUUCAGAAGAACCAAGACUGAUCACAUGACUCCUGACUCUUUUGUAUCUUGCUUGUUAGGAGUCAGGGAGGCAGAGCUUUCCCUGAACCAAUAUGACUGCCUCCAUUGAAUGACCCUUUGCACUAUAUUAUUUGCAUCGCUCUGUAGGAUGGUCCUGUGUAUUUGUACAGACUGUUUUGUGUUUUCUCUUAUUUUAUAAUAUAUAUAUUAAUGUAUUUACAUUACAUCGAGUACCAUGUCAACAUGUGUAUGUACAAAUGUGAGAUAUGUAAUAUUUGUGUAUGUAAAAUGUUUCUAUAAUAUAUGUGUGCAUUAACAACAUAUAGUUUGCUCUUCUGUGCAUUUAUAUGUAUGGGUGUGUAACCUAACAAUUAUGUGGGUUCCACGAGGCUUGGACACCAUAGCCCUGUGAUGUGUCCUGUGGUAUCAGCAGUAGAUCCUGUAAGUUGUUAGGUGUGGCCUCCAUGGAUUGGACUUGUUUUCCAACACAUCCCACAUUAUUAAUUGGAUUAAAUUGAUUCCAGGACGUAAGGUUUCCAGCAGAACAUUUCUUUUUUCCAUAGUGCAUCCUGGUGCCAUCUCUUCUUCAGGUAAGUGACGCACACACACAUGGUUAUCCACUAGAUGGAAGACAUGAUCCAUCAGACUUCUUUCAUUGCUCCAUGCUUCAGUUCUGAUACUCCCGUGUUCAUUGUAGGCACUUUUGGUAGUGGACAGGGGUCAGAAUGGGCGCUCUGACCUAACUGGGACUACACAGUCCUAUAGCCAGCAAGCUGCAAAGUUCUGUGUGAUUUAACUCUUUUUUUUUAUUUAUUUUUUUAAGAGCCGAGGAACGUGCAAGAAAAUGCAAAACGUGUUACCCUAAAAAAAAGUGCACAAAGGAUUCGGUCUAUCGCAAGCCCUUCUCCUACAGGAGAGAGGCUCCCCAACAAACCUUACCCUUCGCCUCUGGACCAGAAGGUACCAGUGAGGUUCCAGGUUCGAUGUUCCUUUUCGCCAAAGCUUCUAAGGGACUACAAAUGCUUCCGGCAUCCCCCUUGGUGUUGGCCAAGGUAUCUGCCUGCAGAACCAUAAUUGGUCUGUACCCUGCCCAUGCAGGAGUACCCAGGGUUUUUGCAAGGAGGUGCAGAACCUGAUGGCCACACACACCUCCCUUAGACUGCUACCGAAGGGCUACUGCAUCCUAACAAUCCUGUGGACACAACACGCAAAAAGACACAGUGACACAGUGACAAAGAUAAAUAAAUGAGUGUACGCAGGUAUACUGCCUGGACAUCCGUCCGGAUCUAUAAAAAUUGAUUUGAUCCUAGCCAGAAGGCGGGGAAUCAAGAGGUGAGUGCCACAAGGGGAAGAGUUCAUGGUGCCCGUGCUUCAACUCAGUGAACCUGUACACCCAGUGAGUUUUGGCUCCUCGGGGUAACCACUACCCGAGGCACUACACUACCUUUGCUCUAGACCCUCCCAGCCUCAUGGAGAGACCGGGUGGGAACAGGUCACAUCAGGGCAGCCGUCGAGCUGAUUCUUCAGAACCAGCCCCGGAACACCCUGGUACAUCCCUACCAGCCCAAUACUGGUGUUUUGGGACACCGGCAUGAACUGAUAAGAACAGAUACUUCACUUGAUCUUAGCCAAAAGGCCGAGAAGCGAUAGUGCUUCCACUCAGUGAGCCCAUCCUCUCAGUGAGUUUCGGCACCUCAUUUGCGCUUUUGUGCAUCCUCACACUUAAGUGCUGGCUGCAGGAAUGAGGCUGAAACUGAUGCCGCGCCCGGGUGUACUCUGGGAGUGGCGCAUGCGCCGUGGCGAAAAUCUGCCGUGAGAGCAGGGAGGGAGGCCGUGAAUAUUGAUGAGCCGGUCAGAGCGCCCGACUGGCAGAAAAUCUCGUGGGGUGCCCAGAGUUCUGGUCCUAGCUCCGCCCAUGCCCCAAGGACCUCAUUUACAUAAAAAGGAAAAACAACGAUCACAGCACGACAGUUGGGCCAUUCAGGACAUUUUAAGUAUCAUUUUGUUCAGUAUCACCCGCACUACAAGCCUGAAUGAUAGGUUAGUGCGGGUGAUACUGAUGACAGAUUUCAUUUAAUGACUCUUGGGCUUCCAUGUCCCUUUCCCUGGUCCCUUUCCCUUGGACACUUUUGGUAGUUACUAACCACUACAUACCAGGAACACCCCACAAGACUGGUCGUUCUGGAGAUGCUUUGACCCAGUUGUCAAAUUUCCACCAAUAGUAGUCUGGCCACAUCUCAGGCUUUUCCGGGUCUCAGCUCAUUCCGCUCGUUCCGUUGGGGCCUCCUGCGCUCUAUGCAACAGGGCUUCGGCCUUGCAAGUCUGUAAGGUGCCCGCUUUUGCGUACGCUGAUGCUGGUUUGGGUCGCAAGGUGAUGCAGGCGGCUGUGGCCCUGCCUUCCACCUGAGUUGCUUGGGUUCUCUCCCACCCCGAGGACUGCUUUGGUACAUCCCACGGUCUGUGUCCCCCAAAGGAGCCGAAUGAUCCAUUGUGGGACAUGGCACCCACCCAUUUGUUCUGGUGUUCUUGGUUCGGUUGCUUGUCCGAUGGUUGGUUCAGUUAUUUUUUUGUCUGUGGUUUCCUUGGACAGUUGCUGUUUUUUUUUUCUUUUCCUGUCGGUCCUCUCCUACUGCUUUUGGGACUAAACUGAUAGCUCAGAGUCUGUAGGCGGAGUAUACCCUGCUAGGAGGGGACGACUUUCUCUUUGCUGCCUAGUGUCAGCAUCAUAUACCCAUGGUCUCUGUGUCCCACAAUGGAUCCUCCGAGAAAGAGAGUGUACGGUGAGUAAAAUCUAUUUUUCUUUCAGAAGAGAGGAAGAAACUGGGGAGCUGCUGAGACAACACCACACGGACAAUGAAAGGGCUACACAACUCCCUGCCUGGGGUGAAACCUGCAAAAGCACACUGCAGCUAGUACAAUUAGCGGUAACACUUUAUUAGUAAGUUAUAUAUCUUGGUGUAAUAGUCUUAAAAUUUCCUGAUACCGGAUAACCUCUUUCAUAAAACACACACAAAAAAUGGUUUUUUUUCUCUUUAAAGGGGUAUCACUGUUUUUUUUUUUUAUAUUUGACUAUGCUACAGGGGCUGUAAAGUUAGUGUACAUAAUAUUGUGUCUGUACCUGAUCCUGGUCUCGCAAUUCUUCUGUGAUUUUCACCCCGAUAUUUAUUUUUUACAGCAUACAUAUUUACCUUUUAAAGA